GGGCGCUAUUUAAACCGGAAGUUUAUAAUUAGAGUAGGAAGACGACGUGUUUUUUGUAAAUAAAUGAAUAAUUUAAGAUUAAAUUGAAGACCAAAUAAAUCCAUGAAGAAACAUAUAUCUGUACUACAAGAUGAAGAAUUUGAUAUUGGUUUGGUGUCUAUCAUGCCUAUUGCAUACAGUGAAAUCAACUCUUGUAGAUCCUAAAGGAUACAUUAUGUAUUGUCCCUGUAUGGGAAGAUUUGGAAACCAGGCCGACCAGUUUCUUGGUGCCUUAGCUUUUGCCAAAUCAUUAGACAGAACACUUAUACUACCACCAUGGGUUGAAUAUCACUGGCCAAAUCCUAAAUCAGUCCAAGUGCCGUUUGACAAAUACUUUAAAGUUCAUUCUCUAGCAGAGUUUCACAAGGUGAUGACGAUGGAAUUAUUUAUGGAGCACUUAGCACCAACUGUCUGGCCUCCAGGAGAAAGAAUAGUAUUUUGUUUUUCUGCUAGAACCCACUAUGUUGAUAAAAAGACAUCAGAUGAGCCAAGCUGUGCAGCAAAAGAUGGCAAUCCAUUUGGUCCAUUCUGGGAUACAUUUGAAGUAGAAUUUGAUAAAAAUGUCUUUUAUGGACCUCUUACUUAUGAUUCUUAUAAUCCUCAUGAAAUUCAAAGAUGGCUGAAAAGGUACCCAGCAGAUAAGUAUCCAGUCCUAGCAUUUACUGGUGCCCCAGGUGCAUUCCCUGUUUCUGAGGGCAAUGUUCGUCUCCAUAAACACCUACAGUGGUCUGAUGGUAUUGACAAAAAAGCAGAAAGAUUUAUAAAGAAGAAUCUGCCUGAUGGACCAUUUGUCUCUAUACAUUUAAGACUUGGAUCAGAUUUUCAAAAUGCUUGUGACCAUUUAUCGAGCUCGCCAAUGAUGUUUGCAGCUCCCCAGUGUUUUGGGUACAGACAAGAACAUGGGACACCAGAUAAAGAGAUGUGUUAUCCCUCAGAUGCUGCUAUCGUCAAACAAGUAAAGAAAGCUGUUAAAAAGGUCGGAGCUAAAUCUGUGUUUAUAGGAACAGACAGUAGAGACUUGAUAGAUAAAAUGUCUAAAGUCAUCAAAGAUGUGAAGUUUAUUAAGUCAAAGAAAGACAACCCACAUCUAGAUCUAGCUUUAAUGGCUAGAGGUGACAUCUUUAUAGGAAAUUGUUUCUCAACAUUUACAGCUUUUGUUAAAAGAGAAAGAGACGUUAAAAAAUUACCAUCAGAGUUUUGGGCAUUUAAACAAAAAACUAUUCAUGAUGAACUGUAGUAAAAAAAGAUCAGAUAAAAAUAAAAAGAAGGUCACACCAUUUUUGUUUUCAUUUCUUUGGAUUUAAAAAGGUCGGAGAUUUACUAUAUUGUUCAUUUUUCUAUAAAUUUAAUAGCCCCCACCCCUACUAAAAAGAUCUUUUUUCAAUCAAUAUAGAAAUAUAUAUCAAGCCUUUUUGUCAAGUACUUUAGAAAAUUUGAAAAUGAAAAAUAGAUUUAGUCUAGAGAAAAUUUUGUAGACAUUGAAUCUUAAGGUCUAGAACCUUGAUGGUGUGACCAAAGUUAAUAGUGCAAUAUUAUAAUUACAAGAGGGUGGCAUAAGUAUUGAGGAAAUUGUCCCUGCCAUACAUGGAAUUGUAAUUUUACAUUGCUUAUUUCCUUCAAUGCAUGUGCUCAAUUUAUAUAGAACCAAAUAUGUAUUUCCUUUCAAAACUUGUGAAAUACUUAGUAGUUUUUUUCCAAAGUUAAAAGAUACAUUAAUUGGCCAUUUCACAGAUUAAAUGAGGAUUUGGAUGUGUAUAGAUAAUUUUGUGUACUAUCUGAAAUAACCCUUCAUAUAAAAGUACAAAUGUAUAGAAUGCAAGUAAAUAAUGAAAAAAAAACUAUUUAGGUAAUUAUAACCUUAAAGGCAAACAGAUGAUUUGAGAUUUUUUUCACUUCAUUGAUUUAUAGACCUAUUUUAAACUUUUCAUUGAAGAUUUGCCAUUUAGAAUUCUUUAAUUUAUGCUUGUUUUGAGAAAACUAUUGUUCUGGAUAUUAGAUAUUCACUUUUGUUAUACACAGGAUAAGGGGAAAUAUACUUUUAUUGUCUGGAUAAGAAAUAUGUCUAUUUUUAGAUACACAUUUUGACUUUUUGUUUAAGGAUAUGGAAUAUUUUUUUGUCAGUUUCUUUUAUGAAACGUUAAGAGAUAAAGGACAUACUGAACAUGGUGCAAUUAAAAAAUUCAUUCAAAGUACUAUGAUAUUUUAGAAAAGAUUGAAAUGAAUUUUGAUAUGCUUGCAAAAUGAUUUAUCUGAAACAUUAGUAGAAUAUUAAACAUGUGAUUUUUCAAUUUUGAAAUAAUAUGAGUUAUAAAUAUGAUGUAUAAACUAGAAUGAGACUCAUAAUACCACUGGAAUUUAUCCUAGCUAAAUUUCAUGUAGGACAGGAAAUGUUAAAACCAGUGACACAUAUGGUCAUUCUAAUUGAACUUUUGUUAAUGUCAAUAGAAAGAAAUACUCUGUUUUGUCAUGUAUACAAUUAUGAUGAUAUGUCGCGUGAUAAAUUUAUUGUAAAGCAAUAUAAUAUUUCCUCAAGAAAGUAACCAAAAAUUAGCGUGCAAUGAAUUCCAAUAUUGCACUAGUGCAAUAAAUCUUCAAAAUUCAUGACGUCACCAAAGACAAAAUCUUAGUUUAAACUAAUUUUUACUUUCAAAUAUUAUAUUGCUAUACAAUAAAAGGGUUAUUGCAUGAAUAUUGGGGAAUAUUGUCCCUCGUAGAACAAAUAUUGCACUCGCAAGCUUGUGCAAUAUAAAUUCUACUCGGGACAAUAUUCCCCAAUAUUCAUGCAAUAACCCUAUAACAUAAAUGAAUAUAUAGAUAAUACCAUUUUUAUUUUGAUAUUUUUGAAUACAGUAGUGACUUAGGGUUGUUAAUUUCUUUUGUUUAAAUAUGAGUGAAUUCUAAUAAUUUCUUAGUAUAUAAAAAGAAGCUAGAAAAUUAGAUAUUACAAGUUUCUUAAAUAAAAGCCUUGUACAUUUCAUAUGUUUCUCUCAUUUGUAUAAAUCAACUGAAAUGUUUUAUUUGCAAGAAUUUUUCAGCAUUUCUCUCUAUGAAAAAUUGUUGACAGGGAAAUUUAGCUGAAUAUGGGAGAUAACUCUUGAUCAAUCUCUCACUGUGAUGAACAAAAAAAUUUAUAUAUUCAAAUGUAAAAUAAACUGAUGGUUGGUUUCAAUGUAAUUAUUAGUGUGUUUUAUUAAAUUUAUAAGAUAGCAUUAUAUUAUUGUAAUGCAUGUGCCAUACUUUUGCAAACAGGUGCCUUAAUUCUUUUUAACAUGAAUAUAAGUUUGUUGUUACUUAUGUAUCUGCUUAUAUUUAAUAAAAAAUCAAUGUUGUAACUGUUAAUGAAAUAAAAGUGUAAAAGUAUAAAAGUUUGUAAAGAUCUUCUACAAUCCUACAUAGCAUGAAAUUUGUUUGUGAUUAUUUGAUUUUUAAAACCUUUAAAUUUUGUUUAUUUUGGUAACUCUUUUUUAACUUUUGACCAAAAAUCGAAAGAAUACUAUGUGGUACUUAGACGGAACAAACAAUUUAUAUAUUUAGAUUAUUAUAAUAAAGAUACCUUUUUGUAAAUGCGUGUUUGACCUGGGAUCCUUAACAAAAAAUGGGUCAAACAAGUAAAAAAUAGAAAAGAAUUGAUAAAAAAAAAAGCGGAUGCUCAAAAAUGAAAAUAAGAAAAUGAUGGUCAAAAUAAAUACAUGUAGUAAAAUUAAAAGUAGUCAAUAUUAUUUGUAGAAUAGCAGAAUUACAUAUUAUAAGGGAAAACUUAUUUUUGUUCAGCUUAUAUGUUCAUACCAGAUACUGUGCUCAAAUUGGGACCAAAUUGUGCUAUUUUCUUUGUUAAAUUUUCUGUAUAUUGGUAGAGUUUUGUAUUUGUUUUGAUGUUUUAAACAUUAAUGGUAAAUGGUGCUUUAAGCCUUGUUAUUUGUUGUAUUGUUCAUUUUUUUACUUAAAUGUCUUCAUAUAUCUGGUAUAUAUUGUAUUUGUUACAUGUAUCUGUCCAUGUGGCAAGCAAGUUUUUCUUGGUUUAAAUCAGGAUGAGUGAAUUUAUAAAAUACUUUUUAAAGUUUAUCUAGAGUACAAGAUAAUUGGAUAAUUGUGAUUUUUUAGAUGUUAAAAAUAUUGACACAGUUGAUUAACAUUACUGGUGUCUUGUUUAUAUUUAUCAAAUUUAUUCAGCUUUUUCCUCAGGAGUUACUUCCCUUUCUAACAUACUUAUUGCUAGAUUUUCAUUAAUGCAAAUAAUAGGACAAGGUAAUUAUUGGAAUAAUAAGAGUUUGCAUUCUGAUAUCUUAUACAUUUAUCUGUUUGCAGAAUUUCCUGAAAUGAAUAAUUUAUUUUUUUGUCUAUUUGGAAAAAAAUCAUCAAUUUCUGAAUUUAUGGUAAAUGAAUGCAGACAUAUCUAUCUAAUCAUGAAUUCAAAUAUUUAUGAGGCACAUUUAUAUUUUUAUUUAAUCAACAUGUGGUUUGUUAGAUCUCAGUUGUUCAUUGGUUAAAAUUUGAUUAUGAUGUCAAAUUUUCUUGCUUUCCUCUAAAAUUCCUAUUGUGACGUCGUGAAAAAAGGCGACUUUGCCUGAUAAUGUCCCAUAGAAAGAGCACAUCUGUUUAAAGGUCGUUUGAAAAGAAGGAUUACUAUUGUCUGCUUUUUGUUUAAAAAUCAUUAGAGAAACUGAUUCCACCACCAAAUCUUGUGCAAUACGAUAUUUAUCCACUCUUGACAGAAUGGAUAAAUAUAGAUUCUUACAUUGAUACCAGUGGAUUAUCGGAUUUAUCCAAUCGAGAUAGUUAAAUUAUCAAUUUUAAAGUUCGAGCCGCCUCGGCGAGUACUUUAAAAUUUAUAAUUUAACUAUUGAGAUUGGAUAAAUCCCAUAAUCCACGAGUAACUAUGUAAGAAUCUGUUUCUCUAAUGAUUAAAAAGACAUUUUCUUUUUUUGUUUACCGAAAAUCCCCUUCGAGUGCCUUUCACAUUCGUGAAGUUGUCAAUUUCAUUAACACCUGUUAUCAUAUUUUCGUUCAUCCAGUCAGCCAAAAAGGUCAUGACCCUUAAAAUCAUCCAAUGAUCUUCUGAGAUCACCAGCAACCACACAUUGAUUAAAUUUUUUUAUACAAUGGGUUCGAAAAGGGAUAAAUUUCCAUAGAAUUAGAGAAAUAUUCUUUAACACAUGAUGCAGUGGUAGAAUCUAUAUAUAUAUACAACCAUGUAAUGCAGUAUAUUAAAGUCAUUCUGUAAAUGUAUGAUAUUUAAUCCAACUCCCUUAAUGCCUAAUGUACAUAUAUGAUAAAGUUUGAAGAUUAGGGCAGCAUGAGAGUAAUAUGGAGUCAAAAAGUUUGACAAUAUCAGUAUGACAAAAGAAUUAUCAGCAAAGUCUGACACUUUGACCCAUAUUACAGUCAGCUUUAAAAAUAAGAACAUUUUAGUUCACAUCAAGAAAAUCUCAAAUUAAAUUAGUAGAAAAAAAAAAAAUCUGUAUGAUAUGGAUAUCAUAAAAUGUCAGUUGCAAGUUUUGAAGCUUUGAUGUUAUCUAUAUUUGGAAAGUCUAGUAAUUUGUACAUGUAUAACAUAAUGGUUUAUUGCAAAUAUUGCUAAGAAGUACUAUUACUUUAUGACAUUCCAUAGAAAAUAGCUGGAAAUUUAUUACAUAAUUGUGAAUUUGUCUUUUUGGCAGCAAGGUUUUAUUUAAUAAAAGAUUUACCAUAUUU